GAAGUAUGUAGCAGUGCCCGUAAGGAAGUAUCUGGGCCGUGGGAUGGACUUCGGCACGGUAACCUGGCAGCCAGUCUCGCCUGCAGUCUACCUGCAGUUCGACGGGAGCGAGUUCUUCCACUCCCUCUUGCCGGAUUCACACCCCAUCUCCAUCGGUUGCCCCGGCGGCAUCAAUCGCGGAUAACACGCACCCCCCCUCCCCGUCAAGAGAAACAGACGACAGUGAAAAGCUCCACUGGAGGUAUUUGUUUCUCUCUUUUCUUCCCCGUCUGCCCCUUCGAUUCACGCGCCCAUUCCUCUCUUCUCUUCCCUUCCCCUCAACCUCACUCGACAGCAAUCAUCCAGACAGGAGACUUUCCGCCCUAGCCCGCUAUUCCAAGUCGGUUCUGCAUAUCCUCACAAAAUCUCCCUGCCCUUGUCCUGUGUUGUUCGCCAAUUCUCCUCCUCUUAUCCACCUCCAUAAUCGAAUAUAUUUCGACCUUACGGCCUUCAUCCAACCCGUCUCCGUUCUCAUCAAGCUUGAAGCUUUGCCCUUGCCGACUCGUUUCUGUUUAGCGAAACGCAGGAUCUCUAAUACCUAUUACACCUCGGCUUUAUUUCGAGUUUUCUCAACCCAUAUCACAAAAUGCCUGCCAUUCAGCGCUCCGUUGUCGUCCGCGACACCCUCAACCUUAUCGCCAAGCGCAGCAACUGGGCUGGCCGCGAGGCUGGUGUCAUUGUCGUCUUCUGCGUCGUCUUCAUCGUUCUUGUCGGCCUCGUUGCUCUAUUCAUCCACAAGAAGUGCGCUGCUCGCCGGGAGCGCAAGGCCCAGUUUUAAGCUACCUACACAAACUCAACAACAAGUUUGAACCUACCCCUCUCCCAUUUCACGCAAGAACAUGUCGGCCACAAUGAAGAGAUGAAGAUAGGAUGAGGGAUGUUAAUGAAAUCGUUAUGAUUUGGACCUUUGGGAGAGGGGUGGUAUGUAUGUGGAAAAUGAAUUCGGGAGGGUUUUUCGGAUUGAAUGGGUGUUUUGGACGGGGAGGAAAUCCCUCCUACUUACUAUGAGCUUCCUCAUGAGCUUACUCUGGCUGCAAAAGUGGAAGACAAGGAGUGCUAUUUCACGGCGCGGUUGUUUGGAGAAUGGGAAGAAGGGUCUCCCGGAUUCGUCCUUUCCUUUCACCGACACAUGCACCAUCAUUCGAUACCGAUAUUGGUCGUUUUCCAGCCAUUGUUUGCUGGGCCACAACCUUUAUUACCAUUUCCCCCUCGGUAUUCGAUUCUCCUUUUGCGGUUCAAGGGAGGGCAUGGGAUAACACGGCCAACACGGAAAUGGUUAAUCUCUGCAAGAGGGCCAUUUCUAGUCGAACCUUGAGCUUUUCAACGGCGACUUUUCCUUGGACUUGUGGACUGCAGCCUCAACGGACAUUGAGAUAUCGCCAUCGCCAAGGUCGGAGCAAGGGGAAGGUGGACGUUUGUGGGGGACCCUGAACGCCUUUUUACCACUGCUGCAGCCUACUAUAAGCUCCUUCUAUACUUCAGUCAUCUCUUAAUAUUAUUGAUACCUAGUUUGUCUACUCAUGACGAUGUCGUUUGUUGCGUUUGUGCAUGUUGUUGCUCAGAAUCCAAACAUAACUGCCAGUCAUAAUACAUAGUGACAGCUGU